AUGGCUGCAGUCGACUCCCCACGCUCGCCACCAGCGCUUGGCCCAGCCUUCAAGCAAGGAUCGCUCAGACUCGACUUUGACCUACGCCCAACAACGACGGUCAACAUUCUUGAGACCUACUCACCAUUCCCCUCCUUUGGAAACACUCGCGAUCCAUUCAAUCUAGACACUUUUCUCCUUCACCCUUCCGAGGUCCCAUGGGAGUUUCUGAACAACUCGCCGUUUCCCGGCGAGGCACUGCUUGUGACGGGUAAGGAAAAGCCUACAAAGUCGGAUGCGCCCAACAGCCGCGUGUCGAUGCUUCGACGUCCCUCGCCACUCGCGUCCAACCCACCAUUGAGCGCAAAGGUUGAGGACGACAACGACGAAGAAGAUGUAGAGGAGCCGUCGGAAGCAACGACUCCCGGGCCCUCGCCUCCCCGACGACCUAGGUCCGCAGCAGCAGUGGGCGGUAAGGCGCUGCGUGCUCUGAUGAGCGGCAAUAGGAAGAGCAGCAAUCCUCUCCUCACGCCCGACUCGGACACGCCGGAUACAGUACCCACAACACCCGAGGAGCCACCGUUUGAGACCCCGCAGCUUCAACCACCAGACAGGCGGUCAAUGUACAGCCUGUCAGGUAGCUCGUCCGAGGACUCGUGCGACGGCAUUCAGACACCCACACAUUCCAACUCCUCGCCCACAGACGUAACUGCGCGCCUUGCCGCUGCUCUCCAAGAGGACCAACAACGCCUCGAGGACCAGCAGCAGCAGCAGCAGCAGCAGCGCAAGAACAACCGUGCGAGCUGGCGCGACUGGCUGGGUGGCCGUCGCACCUCCUUCCUCGGCCAUCGUGGCGAGUCUGGCUCAACCCUGCUCGAGUCUCCCCGUGCCAGUGUCGUCGACCUCAUUCCAGAGGAAGACAGCAUCAUGGCGCCUGCCAUCCCCGACAGCGAUCUCGCACGCUCAGCACAGCAACUACGGCGCCUCUCACUUAUCAAGCUCGGCUCGCUGCGUCUUCCUUCGCCCCACCCCUUGGCACCUGUUCUUGAACGACAGUCGGCCAACCUUCCUAACGAAGUAGCGUUCGCAAUUCCAACUAGCAGACGGGUUUACCCCCAGUCGGUGAACGUUGUUUCGCGAUCCGAUCCCCUUCCGGCGCAGCCCGGUUUACGUGUCGCGCUCGGCUUGCGUGACAUCAUCCAGCGGAUCGACGCUGGCGAGCGCCCUACCGAGCUUCUUAACGUGCAACGAAGGACACCUCCCCGUGCAACUCGUGCCCGAGGCGUGCGCGACUUUGUCUCCCGUCAGCCGUUUGAGGAGCGUAAUGUCGUGUACUACCCGGACGACUGGGUCGAGGAGGUGUCUAUGGCGCGCCCCGGCUAUGGCGUAUGGGACCUCGAGUUUAGCGACUACAUUCUCGCCAUGGCUGAAACAGAGGAGAGACCGCCCCGUAACUACUCCCUGCGCCCCAAGUCACCACAGACACCACAGUCACGCUCAUCGCUCUCGGCCGCGCCAGUGGUCAAGGUGACGAAGGCUGAGGGCGCGAGGCAGGCACUCAAGCCACUGCUGGAGGCUCCAGUGCUAGCCGUGGCAACUAUGAGGUCCGCUCCACCAGGACCAGCCGCCGCAACUUCUAUGCCCCCACCUCCGUUGUCGAUCAGCAAAGCUCGCCCCAGACCCUCCACUUGGGAUGACAGCUCGGACGACGAGGGCCUCUCAGAUUCUGCCGUCACCAAGGCUCAGGCGCCAGUUCGACCACCGACCAUGCGCAACCAGACAGCCCCCGCGGCCGUCACCGGCACUGCUCGCAUUCGCCAGUCUCGUGUGAUCGACGCCGGUACCGCUCUGGAGAUGGUGACAGCGAGCCGCGACCGCCGCCACGAGGCCAAUAUGAAUCAUGUCCAGCGUAAGGCUGUGACAGACCAGCGCCGCGUGAGCACAAUGAUCGUCGAGGAGCAAGAAAAGAGGCGGACGCAGUACGCCAAGUCAGUCCACGAGAUGAGACGCCCGCAGCCGUCAAAGCGUGUGUCAUCGAUGACCCUCUCUGCCGACGCACAUGCUGCUACCCUCAAUCGCCGUGCAUCUAGCCAGACGCUCGCUGCCACAGCGCAGGCCCAGGCUCAGACCCGCAAGUCUAUUGCGCCCUUGAAUAGCAAACAGCGGUCUCCUCCCGGCACGCCUAGCAAGAGCCGCCCGGCUGCCUCCCUCCCUUCAUCGCCUCGUCUCCAGGCAGGCGACCGCCGCCCCCCAUGGCUCCCGUGCACACGGGCAUCCCUCCUAUGGCACCGAUGCACACCGGCAUGA